GUGUGCGUCGUUUCAUGUGGUAGAAACGUAGGAGAUAAAUCAGCGUCUCUCGCGUUGCUCUCGCGAUCACCACAAAUAUUUGAUAAAUAUAAGGAAUUAAAAACGGUUGGUGUUAGUGUCAAGUUACAGGACUGCUGAAGUAGAAACACUCGGUGUAAAUUUUCCAGAAUGCAAGAUCCGAAUGAGGAUACCGAAUGGAACGACAUUCUCAGAAGGAAAGGUAUCAUACCUGAGAAGGAGAAGGAGAAAGAGGUUACCGAAGAUCAAAUAGUAAAUCUCCUUGAGAGUACUAUAGAUGAAAAAACAGGACGUGCUCCGAACAACUUAGAAGAAAAGUCCUUGGACGAAUUGGAUGAGCUAGAAGAUGAAGAGGACGAACGAGUGCUCGAGGAGUAUCGACAAAAGAGGAUAGCAGAAUUGAGGGAGUUAGCGAACAGAUCUAAAUAUGGGGAGGUACGGGAGAUAUCGGCGGAAGAUUACGUUCGAGAGGUCAACAAAGCCGGGGAGGAUAUCUGGGUUGUUCUACAUCUUUACAAAUCUGGUAUUCCGCUCUGCACUCUAAUCAAUCAGCAUCUCACCAGUCUAGCCAGGAAGUUUCCUACUACAAAGUUUUUGAAGAGCAUCUCCACCACUUGUAUUCCCAACUGGCCAGACAGUAAUCUUCCUACGAUAUUCAUCUACUGCAAUGGAAACAUGGUGAAACAACUCAUUGGGCCACUCGAGUUGCAUGGCAUGAAUUUGACUGUUGAAGAAUUGGAGUGGAUGUUGGGGCAGGCGGAGGCGGUACCGACGAAGAUCAAGGAAGAUCCUCGGCCCGUGGUGAGGGACGUUUUAACUUCAAUGCUGAAGAACCAAGACGAGGAAGACUGGUGAUCUUACUUGUGUUAGAUAAUUACAGUCACGCGAGCGAACGAAUGUAACAAGUAUUACGAGAUCAGCGUGCGAGGAGAAAGAAGAUUUUACACUUAAUUUAUUUUAUACACUUAUUGUCGCACAAGCGGAAGUCAACCAAUUUGUAGAUGUAUCGCUUUCAAAAUUUAUGUACACAUACUGUUUAUUCCAAUAAAUAUAUUUUACUACCGUGUUA